GACGCUGGAAGUUGACACAGAGUGGACAGAGUGCGUCCCCCAUCUGUUGGAUAAUAGACUGCGCGUUCUGUUGCGAUAGACAUGACGCUGAACGUGAAGUCCGUGUCUGAAUGGCAAGAACCAAGAUUAUUGAAAGUGUUAUCAGCAGUAUUCUAUGCUCUAAGCUCCUUUUUAAUAAUCGUUGUAAAUAAGAUUGUCUUGACGAACUACAGAUUCCCCUCAUACAUGUUCCUUGGAAUUGGACAGAUGGCGAUGACCAUUAUUAUUCUGUAUGCCGGUAAAGCUCUCCACUUCAUUCAUUUCCAAGGUUUGGACAAAAGUAUAUUUAAGAAGAUAUUUCCUCUUCCCCUGCUGUACAUGGGGAAUCACCUUACAGGCCUGGCAAGCACUAAGAAAUUAAGUUUACCCAUGUUCACAGUACUAAGAAAAUUCACAAUACUGAUGACCAUGGUUCUGGAAUCCAUAAUACUAAGGAAAACAUUUCCCAAGAGUUUGGUGUCUAGUGUAUUUGCCAUAGUCUUUGGAGCUGUGGUGGCAGCAGGCUCUGAUCUAGCCUUUGAUGCAGAGGGAUAUGCUUUCAUUCUGCUCAACGAUGUCUUCACAGCUUCCAGUGGUGUCUACACCAAGAAGAAACUGGGCUCUGAGGGUCUGGGUAAAUAUGGAGUGCUUUUCUACAACGCACUAAUAAUUAUCCUCCCAACACUGUUACUGAGUGGAUACACUGGAGACUUGCAGAAGGCUGUGGCGUUUGAAGACUGGUACAGCCUUACAUUCAUUGUUUGCUUCCUGAUGUCCUCUAUCAUGGGAUUCAUUCUGAUGUAUUCAAUCGUGUUGUGCAGCCACUACAACAGUGCUCUCACCACAGCAGUGGUUGGGGCCAUUAAGAAUGUUGGAGUGGCUUACAUUGGCAUGUUUGUUGGAGGUGACUACCUGUUUUCAUGGCUCAAUUUCAUUGGGUUGAAUAUCUGUAUGGCAGGUGGGCUGGUGUACUCCUACCUGACAUUCCACAGCCACAGCUCAGCUGAUCCCAUGCCCAGUCCAACAGAAGACAAAGUUCGGGUUCAAGUACAGGAAGAGGCCAGUGACAGCAGGCUAAGGAGGAGUGGAUCUCUCAAUGCCUGCUGACCUAUGAAUGAUCUCUCUCUCUCUCUCUCUCUCUCUCUCUCUCUCUCUCUCUCUCUCUCCACCACAGCCCUCACCCAUGGAGUAUUUAUUUUAUAAGAGCACAUGUGUAUGACUUUUUACACAGAUAAUGUUCGUUUAUAUGAAUUACAGCUAAAACACUACUUGGUUAAAUGAUAUGCCCAUCCAUGUAAUAAAUGUUUAAAAUAUAA